UCUCAGUGCUUUCCAAGCAGUCGCUGAAUUCGCAUGUAGAUUACGUGACGUACAUAGAGUUUUAUUGUUUUCUCUAAGUUGUCGUGUUUUGCACGUUAUUUUGAAAUCAUUGAUAUUACAAAGAACGUAUUUCCAAACGUCAAUCAUACAGACGUGUAGUUAUGGAGCAGACGUAUAGUAUGGGUUACAAUUAUGGAAUGCAAGAACUGUUCCCUCAACAUAAAAUUUAUAAUUCGUGCUUCUAUCCAAACGUCUGUCACGUAUGUAAGCUGCGAGACAAUAACCAUUUGAUAUUAUGUAGUCGGUGCGGCAUGAUUUCGUACUGCAGCGAGACGCAUCAGUGGCAACACCUGCCGCAACACAAGGACCUCUGCGCCGCUAUCGUAAAAGUGUUCUCACAUAAUGCUGAGCAGAGAAACGGUGAAGUCGACUUGUGCAGAUUUCAGCGUUCCAAGUUCUCAAUGAUGAACUCAGUCAAGCGGAUAUUGUCGCGUAAUCUUUACCGGUACGAAGAACAAAUGUUCAUGUUUGAAAAAUCAUGCCUGAUAUGCAAUCGACGCGAUAAUCUGUACACCUGCCAAUCCUGCUUUGUCUCAAAUUAUUGCGAUAAUCACAAGAAUGAGUUUUAUAUGAUUCAUAACAACUGCAAUAAAUUAAGGUUAUGUCUCGACUUGGACACGUAUAUCGUAGAUAAAGAGUGGCAUCUUUGCUUCACAGUACCGGAAGUCCAGAACUUUCCUAAUAAAGACAUACCUAUUGUUAACAUGGACGAUUUUCUCUUUAAGUAUGUAAAACGUGGAUUAAUCACGCAACAUUGUUUUGUUGAUCUCUAUUCUGAUUGGAUAUCAGGGCCAUUAACACUGUAUAACGGUUUGAAGGAAACAUAUUUAUUACCAAAACUAACGAAUAUUAUUUACACUAUUCACAUCAUAAAUCCGGACUACAUAGAUAGAGUUAAUUUCUUGAUGUGGGAGCUUCUGUUGCAUAUCUCGCCAUUUAUAAAGGAACUAAGAAUUGUAAUGUUAAUACCGAUGAUAAGAAGCAUGAAAGUUAACUGUGACAUUUGUUCGCAUUGUCGAAAAGACAAGAAGCUUCUUUUCGAAUGUUAUCCUAUGUUGUAUCAAGAUUAUGUGGGUAGCUCGCAAUACAAGAAACCAAACGUGAUUGUAGUGUUUCAAGAGAACUCUGACUGUUUUAAAGAUUGGGUGGGUGUUUUGAAUGUAAUAAAGAAUCAAAACUGUCCAUUAUUUUUAACUACUAAGUCGUUCUCUAAAGCGGAGGGCGUCGCAAGUAACAUAAAACGAAUACUGCGUUUAUCUGUGUUGCCAGUUCGUAUUAUCGAAAAUAGAUUCUGUUCUACGAGACCACAUAGAGACGUUCUGCAUAGUACGUUUUAUCGUAAUAAGUAUUUAAUUUGCUUUGAAACUCUGAAUGUCCCGGCACCUCUAUUUCCAAUGCGUGCUUACUAUGUUAAGUGCUGUCUAUGAUUGUAUUAUCUCGUUUUGCAUUAUUAUGAACGAUACGCGAUAUAAUUUCGAGGAAUUUCGAUGAAUGUUUCUUGUGAAACGUGAAACUUGAAUGAAAGCAUUUAAUAUUUAGCAGCAGUUACGUUGUCUUUCAUGGGAUAUAUAUUUAUCAUUGUCUCAUGCAUGUGAGACAACGUUUCAUAUAUAUGAGAAACAAAUGGUUGCCGCACACCAGUAAUAUAUAUAAUACUUUUGCAAUUUAUGGCGCAGCUAAGCAGCCGCUGUUAUUUGUUAAGCGAAAAAUAUAUAUAAAACGUUCAUAGAAAUUUCUCUUUUUAAUUUUGGAAACUUUAAAACGUGAUUGAAUUGUUUUACUAUGUUUAAAAUAUGCGCACUAUAGUUGAGAUAUAUACAACAUGGACUUUAAUAAA